GAGGAUUUGAACGUAAGAUUACUAGGCAGGAAGCAGUACAGAUCUUAGGUUUACGAGAAUCUGGUAUUAAUAAAGCCAAAAUUAAAGAAGCACAUCGCCGAAUUAUGCUUCUUAACCAUCCCGAUCGUGGAGGAUCACCUUACUUGGCAAGUAAAAUUAACGAAGCUAAGGAUUUCCUCGAAAA